UAGCAACGGUUAACAGAAAGCACCAUGUUUAGAACGUUUAUUAUUAUAGCAUCCCACUACCAUUUCAAGUUAAGGCAAUAACAGGAGUUCGUCUAAUUCGAAAAUGUGCCAAUACGUCUACAGGGUUGGCUCUGACUGUCCCCCAAAUAACACAUUUUGUUUCUUAUAGGCAUCUAUACUUUCUAUUUGUCAAAUCAUCUGCGUGCACAUGAUUUGAAGGGGCGAGGCUUGAGAGCGUAAGCAAGCUGAAUAGAGAGCGUAAGCAAGCUGAAUCAAGAUGGCGAGCUUCAUUGAACGGAUGUGCCUAUAUCGUGUGCUCGUGCUGUCUGUUUUCCUGAGCAUCACUCAAGCUGUGGAUCGCAGCAACUUCAAAACAUGUGACCAGAGUGCCUUCUGCAGUCGUCAAAGGGCGAUGAAGCCAGGCCAGUCAUCAUACACAGCCUUACUGGAGACCCUGGAACUCAGUGACUCCCACCUCACAGUGCAGCUCCUGAAUAACAAUAAUAAGGUGCUCUUGCUGCUCGAGCUGUAUCGCCUUCAGGGGAACAUGACCAGAGUGAAGAUCAAUGAGCUGAAGCCCAUCAAGGCUCGAUAUGAGGUGCCUGAUGUUCUCAUCACUGACCCUCCCACUGAACUUAUGUCAGUGGUGGCCCAGGAUGAGCACAGGGUGGUGUUGUCUCUGGGUGGGGAGGACUGGAGGCUCAUCCUCAGUGCCCAGCCCUUCCGCCUGGACAUCAUGGAGGGCCCACAGGUGCUGCUGUCCCUCAACUCCCGGGGCCUGCUAGCCUUCGAGCAGCUCCGCAUACGCAAGGACACCAAAAGCCAAACAGACACAGAGGAAGCUGGGGAGAAAGAGGACACAGAGCAGCAUGAAAAGGUGUCAGAAGGAGAGGAGGAGGAGGCAGAAGAAGAGGUGGAUCAGCCAGGAAUGUGGGAGGAGACGUUCAAGACCCAUGCUGACACCAAGCCUAAUGGUCCCUCCUCCAUCAGUCUGGACUUCUCCCUGCCUGGAGUAGAACACGUCUACGGCAUCCCUGAACACGCAGACGGCCUCAGACUGAAAAACACAGAUGGAGGAGACCCCUACAGGCUUUAUAACCUGGAUGUGUUCCAGUAUGAGCUCUUUAACCCUAUGGCUCUGUAUGGAGCAGUGCCUGUCCUCCUCUCACACAACACCCACAGGACUAUGGGUCUCUUCUGGCUUAACGCAGCAGAGACAUGGGUGGAUGUCAGCUCUGGACAGGGCUCCAGUGAGGUCCCUCAGACAGACGUCCGAUGGAUCUCUGAGAGUGGCAUCAUUGACGUCUUCAUUAUGCUGGGACCACGACCUAAUGAUGUGUUCACACAGUACUCUUCCUUAACAGGAACUCAGGCCUUCCCCCCUCUCUCUUCGCUGGCCUACCACCAGUGCCGUUGGAACUACAACGACCAGGAAGAUGUGAGUGCGGUGGACCAGGGCUUUGAUGAACACGACAUCCCCUAUGACUUCAUCUGGCUGGAUAUUGAGCACACGGACGGCAAGCGCUACUUCACCUGGGACAACAAUAAGUUCCCACAGCCCAAAGACAUGCUGCAGGGCCUCCUGGAUAAGAGACGCAAGAUGGUGACCAUAGUGGACCCUCACAUUAAGGUGGACAGCAGCUAUAAGAUCCACACUGAGAUUCGCUCUCGAGGCUACUACAUAAAAAACAAAGAUGGCGGAGACUAUGAGGGCUGGUGCUGGCCAGGGAAUGCAGGUUACCCAGAUUUUACCAACCCUGAGAUGAGGAAGUGGUGGGCCAGCAUGUUUGCCUAUGACCAGUAUGAGGGCUCGAUGGAGAACCUGUACACGUGGAACGACAUGAACGAGCCGUCUGUGUUCAACGGUCCAGAGGUCACCAUGCACAAGGAUGCCCUCCAUGGGCCCUGGGAGCACAGAGACAUCCACAACCUCUACGGCUUCUACGUGCAAAUGGCGACAGCAGAGGGUCAGAUCCAGCGCUCCGGGGGGUUGGAGAGGCCUUUUGUCCUGACCAGGGCCUUUUUCGCUGGGUCUCAGCGCUAUGGUGCAGUUUGGACUGGUGAUAAUGCAGCUGAGUGGGGCCACCUGAAGAUGUCCAUCCCCAUGUGUCUCAGCCUGGGCCUGGUUGGCAUCUCCUUCUGUGGAGCUGACGUGGGUGGUUUCUUUAAGACUCCCAGUGCGGAGCUGCUGGUGCGUUGGUACCAGGCGGGGGCCUACCAGCCCUUCUUCCGUGCCCACGCCCACCUGGACACCCCGCGGAGGGAGCCCUGGCUUUUUGGCCCUGACAACACAGCUCUCAUCCGGGAGGCUGUGCGUCAGCGCUACACCCUUCUGCCCUACUGGUACCUGCAGUUCUACCAUGCCCAACGCACUGGCCAGCCUGUCAUGAGGCCCCUGUGGGUGGAGUAUCCAGAGGAUAUUGCCACAUUUUCCAUUGACAAUGAGUUCCUGAUUGGCAGAGAUCUUCUGGUUCACCCUGUAACAGAUGAAAGGUCUAGUGGGGUCACAGCCUACUUACCUGGGAAUGGAGAGGUCUGGUAUGACGUCCACACGUUCCAGAGACAUGACGGAGCUCAGAACCUCUCUAUCCCUGUCACCAUGAGCUCAAUUCCAGUGUUCCAGCGAGGAGGUUCCAUUAUCUGCCGGAAGAACCGUGUUCGCAGGUCCUCAUCCUGCAUGGAGAACGAUCCCUACACCCUCUACGUGGCCCUUGACUCACAGGGCAAAGCAGAAGGAGAGAUUUACAUAGAUGAUGGUCACACCUUUAAACAUAAGACAGACAAGCAGUUUAUUCACAGACGCCUGAGUUUCACUGCGAACAGCCUCUCAUCGAGUGAUCUGUCUCCUGACUCCCAGUUUACCACGGCCUCCUGGGUAGAGCAAGUGAACAUCCUGGGAGCUCAGAAGCCUGAUGCUGUCACCCUCACAACGACAGAUGGUGGGGAGUCUUCUGUGGAGUUUGAGUUUGACCCGGACACGGCAGUCUUAACUCUUCGUAAGCCAGGCGUGAACGCAGGGGUCAACUGGACAUUACAUCUGCGGUAACACAGGACACACACAUAGAAGUCAAGAGACAAAUGAAAUGUCACACACAGACUUUUGGACAAACAAGUAAACAUACAACUACAGAAAAGCACACAACCAGAUUCAAAAGUGUGGCUAGGAUUUGGAGCAGUUACCCAAACUGCAGGAGAAAUGGAUCAGGGUUGUUGAAAGAGUAUGAAACUCAGGACCACAAAUUGUGUUAGUCAGGAGAAAUUCUGCACCACUAACAAGAGGCUUAAUCUUUGAUACUUAAUUUUAAGAAAUAUUUUUUCCAAGGUUGAAAUUAUGACUGAUGAUAAUGACUCCCUAUAAGACUCUAUGACUAGCUAAAUAAAAUAAAUAAAUGAUGACAAUGAAUGUCCAAAUUUAAUGUUUGUAUUUUUUUCCUUUCCAUUUUUGUUACAAGUUAAUGAAUUUGCUUUUACAUGGGUUAGCAUUGUGACUAGACAAGUAUGAAGAGAUGACCUUCUAUCGGACAUUAUGAAAUACAGUGGGUAUUAUAAGUAUUCACCCCCUUGGAUUUUGUUGCGUUACAAAGUGGGACUGAAAUUAAUUUAAGUUUUUUUGUAAUUGAUCUACAUUAUUGCUCUGUCAAAGUGGAAUAUUUUAUUAGAAUGUAAAUUAAAAAUAACUAUACCUUGAAUGGAUAAGUAUUCACUCUCCUGAAUCAUCUUUGGCAGCAAUUUACAGCUGUGAUUUUCUUAGGUAAGUCUCUUAAGAGCUUUAGCAUACCUGGAUUGUGCAAGAUCUGGGAAGGUGUUGAGGAUCAUGGCUAGACAGCCAUUUAAGUCUUGCCAUAGAUUUCCAAGCAGAUUUAAGUCAAAACUGUAACUUGGCCACUUGGAACAUCCACUGUCUACAGUAUAGAUUUGGCCUUGUGUUGUAGGUUAUUGUCCUGCUACAGUGUAGAUUUGGCCUUGGGUUGUUGGUUAUUGUCAUGCUGAAAGGUAAAUUCCUCUGGUGUAAAGCUUAGCUCCAUCCCAUUUAUUUUUAUCCUGAAACUCCUGUCUUUGCCAACGUCAAUCAUACCCAUACCAUGAUGCAGCCACCAUGCUUGAAAAGGAGGCGGCAGUUACUCAGUGACUUGUUGGAUUUGUCUCAAGCAUAAGGUUUUGCAUUUAGGCCAGAAAGGUUAUUCUUUACAUUUCAUUGUGGAGUAACAAAUGUUGAUCCAUCCUCAGUUCUCCCUUCACAGCCAUUUAACUGGAGCGGUUUUAAAAGCACCAAUGGUAACAUCUCUUAGCAGUUUCCUUCCUGUCUUGCAGCUCAGUUGAGAAGAACGACUGUCUGUGUGGUUUAAUACAUCAUCCACAGCAUAAAACUUGACCAUGCUUAAAGAUGGAUAACAAUACCAGAUCAGAUAUUUAAUCUACCAAUCACUGCCCUUCUGAGGCUUUUGAAAAGCCACCUAGUCUUUGUAGUUCAAUGUAUGUAUUGGGGACAGAGCAAGAGGUAGUCAUUAAAAUAAAUGUCAACCCCUAUUAGUCCAUGUAACUUGUGAUUUGUUAAGCCGCAUUUGACUCCUGAACUAAUUUAGGCUUCUCUAAACAAAAGGGCUGAAUAGUUUUGCAACAACUGUUAUAUGUUAACAUUUUUGAAAUCUUUUCACUUUGGUAUUCUGUGAUGCUCAAUGACAAAUCACAACUAAGUCCAUUUCAAUCCCACUUUGUCAAUCAACAAAAUGUGAAUAAAUCCAAAGGGGUGAAUCAUUAAGUAAAAGAUGCAUCAUUUUACUAAAUGUUUACAUUUUGGGGAAGGGGGUUUAACUAAAAGUUUAUUUGAAUUGAGGAUUGGUUGUCAGCAAUAAACCAACUACAUUCCCA